AUGCUGGACCCCAAAGACUGUGGAGUGACAAUGACGUCCAGUCAUAAGAUUUCUUUUUCUAUUGUUGAUAUAUUGGAUCCAAACAAAUUCAACAGCAAAAGAGGAAACGAACUUUCCAUCGUGAAGGAGUUUCCUGUGCCACAUGAAGAGGGAACAAGUUUGGAGUCGGACGGUGACGCAGGCGGAGACUUCAGAGUUGAGCGCACACAAGCAGAGGAAGAGAUAGACUCUGCAUCCCCCAGGCGUCAUGGUGGUGUUGAUAACUCUCUUCUGCUCUCCCCUCCGGCUGAAUCAGAGUCCUGUCUCCCCGGGGAAGAGGACGAUGGGGAGUCAGGGGCCGCCCAGCAGGAUCCCUCCCUGCACAAGCGGCAGCGAAAGGACCAGACCUGCGCCAAACCACGGAGAGCCAGAACAGCGUUCACAUACGAGCAGCUGGUGGCUCUGGAGAACAAGUUCCGCACAACCCGGUACCUGUCUGUGUGCGAGAGACUAAACCUGGCUCUAUCUCUGAGUCUGACCGAAACCCAGGUGAAAAUCUGGUUUCAGAACAGGAGGACCAAAUGGAAAAAGCAGAACCCCGGGGCGGACAGCAGCACCUUACAGCCCGGCUCCAACUCCCUGGUCAACCUCAGUCCAAACCUGACCCCCUGUGGAGCAGGCCCCGCCAGUUUCCACCAAACUUUCCCCAACUUCAGUGCUGGGAAUGUGAUCUUCCACACGGCCGGCGGUGUUCCACUUUCAUCCACUGGAGGGCUCUUGCAUCCCUUCAUGACCAGUGGUUUCGUCCAGCCCACUUAUUAUAACCCACAUCUAUGA